AUGUCUAAUACAAUGAUACCUUGGCUUUGUUUAUUACCUGUGGAAAUUCUACAUCAUAUAUUUGAUUGUCUCGAUGCAUCAACAAUACUAUUUUCAUUACGUUGUACUUGCCGAAGAUUAAAAACAAUUGUUGAUAGUUAUGAUCGAUAUGUUCUUGAUUUUCGAUCGAUAUCGAAGUCUGAUUUUCAAUUAUUAUGUUGUUUGAUUAAUCCACGAAAAGUUAAAUCGUUAAUACUUUUUCCUAAAGAUGAAACAUCAGAUCAACUUGAAUUAUUUAUGACAUAUUUUCGUAUUCAAGAAUUUACUCGCCUUCGUUCAUUAACUUUAAUUGAAAUUGAAGAACGUCAAUUGAAAGUUCUUUUAAAACGUUUUUGUAUUCCUUCAUUAACUUCAUUUUCAUUUAAACUUGGAAAAUAUGAUGAUCGUCGUACAAAUACAACAGCAACACUUCUAUCAUCUAUUAUUUCACAAGCAAAUCUACAUCAUUUAAAUCUUGAACUUCGCUCAACGCGUCUAGAAAAAAUGAUUUGGCCUGCUCAAUGUUUAAUUAAAUAUUUAAAAAUUGGUUCGUGUGAUGAAUUUUCUCAGAUUUUUAUAAUUCUUCGAUGUUCACCUCAUUUACAAACAUUUGUUAUAAAAUUUUCAAGUUAUGUCGAUGAUACAAUUAUCUCAUUGGAUUCUUUUCGAACAUCUUUCCAACAAUUAACUUCACUAACAUUAGAAAAUCUCCGUGCGAAUGUUAAUAAUCUUGAAUUAUUGCUUUCAUUGAUGACUUCAUUGACUUAUUUAAAAUUAAUUGGUUUAGGACAUUUUUUAAAUGGUAAUCGAUGGGAACAAUUUAUUCAAACAAAUCUACCAUGUUUGAAAAAAUUUGAACUUUUCGUUCAGGAAUGGAAAGAUGUUGAUUAUACUUCAGUUGAUAUUGAAGCAAUUAUAGAAUUAUUUCGAACAUCAUUUUGGAUUGAACAUAAAAAAUGGUUUUUCACAUGUGAAACUAUUGAAUUAUGGCCACGAGUAAUCAAACUCUAUUCUAUUCCACUUUGUAUAUCUACGUUGACUUAUGAACCUGAAUCUAAUAAAAUAUCAUCAUCAACUUUUUAUUCAAUAAUUAACAACGAUAUGUCAAUUAUGGAUAAUAUUGAUACAAUUGACUUUAAAUUUUCAAAAUUUACGUUGGAUGACAUUCAACAACAGGCUCAUCCAAAUAUAAUAACGGAUCUUAGUAGUUUACUUCAACAAGCAUGUAGUCUUACUUCAUUAGACAUAUGUUGCAACUAUGAUAGUAGACGAUCAAAGUUAACUGCACAGGACAUAUAUUCAAUGACACCAUCACAUGUUAAACAUUUGGCAGCGUCAAUCAAAAAUUUAAAUGAAGUUAAAAUUUGUCUCACAAAACUCCAACAUUUAUUAACUGCUAGAUUCUUCUAUCGGAGUAGUUCAUUUUCGAAUGUAGUUGUCGAAUGGUUGGAACAAGAGAAAGCUGGUUCAUCAUACUUUGUAGGUGCUGUUUUUACAAAAGUAUGGCUCGUACAAAGUAAUAAUCAAUUUAAAUUAGUCAGAAUUGGAAAUAAACGUAUUAAACUCACUGUUGAUCAUUAA